ACUGUCCUCUCCUGGUCAGAAGUCACAGGGCAGUGAACAGGCCAGCCAGCAUUAAAACAACACCGUUAUGUGUAUCGCUCACUAUGUCCCCUCCAUGGCUCUCUACCUGGACGUGGUGCUUUCUCUCCUGUCUGCUGGUUCUCCACCUGCAGAAUGCCCUGUGUGCUCCAGAUUUCUCUGAUUUUCUGUACACAAUUUUGAGGAACCACACAGCUCAUGCCUGCGAGGGGGAUACGCUGACCAUCAGGUGCCCCUCCAAGACCUCAGUGGCUGUUUUGUCUGCUUUCUAUGGACGUCGAGUGCCCAGUCAGCACUUAUGCCCCACUACAAAUGCAAACACUACUGUUGAAAGCAUUGAGUGCAUGACCUCCAUAGCUAUUCAGAAAGUCAUGGCAGAGUGCCAGGACCGGAGGGCGUGUGAGAUUCCUGUGGUCAGCGCUGUGUUUGGUCAGGAUCCCUGCCCUGAAACCAGCAAGUACAUCAUCGUCUCUUACAAAUGCCGACCAGUGCAUCACCGCUCGAGGACAGUGUGUGAGAACGAGAGGCUGAGACUGGCCUGUAAGAACGACACAGUCCUGGCCAUCUACUCAGCAACGUUUGGCCACCUGGAGCAUGACCACUAUGAGUGUCCUCAAGGGUCCAACAUAAAGCCUGACAUGGAAUGCUUGUCUCCAUCAGCUCUGAGAAGGGUGUCCCGGAGGUGUCACGGCAGGACAAACUGCUCCGUGCUGGCUGAUGUAUAUAACUUCGGUGACCCCUGCUUCCCCGGCACAAGGAAACAUCUGCGAGUGUCAUUCACAUGCGUUCCGAGGUAUCUGCUGGAGGACGUGGGACGUGGAGACACAGAUCCGUUCCUAAUCUCAGACUAUACACAUGGUGGCUGGUACACUGGCCCUGGUGUGUACAGGCCACAAAACAUUUUCACCAACACUUUGGAAAUCUUUUCCCAGAUUCAGGGCCUUCCAGAGACAGUGGCUCUAUACUUUGUCUCAGGCAUAUGUGCUGGUUUGGUCUUCCUGCUGUGUCUGUUUGGCCUGAAGUCAACUCUGGUGCGAGACGUAAAGGAUCUGGUCUCUGAGCUCGAGGAAGAGCUGAAGGCCGCACGCAGGUCGCGCCGUGGACUAAUUGAGGACUUUGAUGAUGACGACGCCUCGCUAGACUCUGCCUUUCGCCGCCUCACACGCUCCUACCGUGCAGCAGACAUGCUCAGUCCAGAGAUGGUCAUGACGGUGGUGAUGGAGGAAAAGAGGGAGGAGGAGAGGGACAAAAUAGAGGUGUCAAACGGGGACCUGUGGCCACACUGUAACUCCAGCCCCUACGCCAUCCACAAAACCAAGUCUUCAUCUGCCUGAGUGUCAAGACUGGCUACUUCCCAACUCAUGCUACCACUCACAUGUGCUAAAUCUACAUGAUAUAAAGACCUGAUCAGUUUGCUGUGUAUAUUGUUUUGUUAGUGUUGCCUUGAAGGGUAUCCAUUCAGUUUAACACCCGUUUGUAUUACUUAGCAAGAUAAAAAACCUAUUUCACAUGAAAGCAUAACAAGAUUCAUUACAUUUUUGUCCAUGUCUAUAACUGAACGUAUUUGGUUUUGUUGGUGAGGGGGUUCGGUGGGAAUAAAAUUUAUUUGUGAGAGAUGAUCUAAUCUAAGGUUUUGGUAGUAAAUCAAAUGUGAAAAUUUAAUAAAUAGUGUGGAACCUUUUGUUCUGUUUUUUACAGGCUACAUCUGUUGAAAGCCUGCCUGCUCUCCUUUUACAGUGGUGAAGCACAAAAAGGAUAAAAAUGGUGAAUUCUGUCAAAUCACUGAGGCAAAGGAACAUAACGAUACACUACAGAAUACUGUAUUAAUACAAGAAAUGUCAUAUUAAAUGCUAGUUUAAGCUGGUAUAUCCAUUUGAUUGAUGUCUUUGCUGUGUGUUUUACAUGUAGCCUGUUUAAUUUGCCUAUUCUGAAAUCCUAUGCUAUGGCGACCAUUUGGUUUACAUGUGACAGAGACCCUCUUUUGCAAAGUUGCAACAACUGUUCAAAAGACUCAUACCAUGGAAAACUGAUUUGUUGUCAUUUUUUAAUUAAAAGAGUUUGUAAUGUAGUAUA